AUGGCAAAUCUCAAUGAUAGUAGCAAUAGUAAGAUGCAACUUCGUAAAAGUCAAUCGGAAAUGGCUUCAAUGUUUCAUCGAAAGCAAUUUACUAUUUUUGCGAUCUUCUUCCAGGUCUUAUUUCUCAUCCUUUUUGCUUUGUUUGGACAAUAUUCAAAUAAUGCGAUGCCUGGUGGCACUACCAGUACAAACUUCAUUAACACUAAUUAUCCAUUAUUCCAAGAUGUUCAUUUGAUGACAUUGGUUGGUAUGGGAUUUAUAAUGGUUUUCUUACGACGUUACGGCUUGGCUGCUCUUUCGAUUAACCUUUUGUUGACCUCUCAUGCUAUUCAAUGGGCGCUUAUUGUGCGCGGUUUCUUCUCACAUGAAUUCGCCAACAAUGGACGUUUUGCAAUUUCCAUCCUUGACCUGAUUACUGCUGAUUUUGUUGCUAUUACCGUUUUGAUCACAAUGGGUGCUGUUUUGGGUAAACUUACCCCAGUGCAGUAUAUGGUGAUGUCUGCUAUCGAAGUACCAAUAGCAGUUGCUGUUGAACAUGUCAUCUUACGUUACCUUAAGGUAAUCGAUAUUGGUCGUUCCAUGGUAAUUCAUUGCUUUGGAGCAUAUUUUGGUUUGGCUGUUGCAAAAGUGAUCAACAAGAAAGAAAUGAUUGCUCAUCAACAUGAGGGUUCUAGCUACAAUUCCAAUAUUUUUGCUCUUAUUGGCACCUUAUUUCUUUGGGCAUUUUUUCCAUCAUUCAAUUCGGCUCUAGCAAUUCCCGAAGAUUCUCGACAUCGUGCUAUUCUGAAUACCUAUUUAGCACUUUGCUCUUCCACCAUUUGCACUUUUCUAAUUAGUCAACUUCUUGAUCAUGAACAUAAGUAUCGUUUCUCGAUGAUACAUAUAUCAAAUUCGGUUCUUGCUGGUGGCAUUGCUAUUGGUACUGUAGCGAAUAUUAUUUUGGAACCAUUUUAUGCUCUUCUCAUUGGUUGCUUGGGCGCUUUAGUCUCGGUUCUUGGAAAUCAUUACAUUAGGCCAAUUGGAGUUCGAGUUUUUGGACUUCAUGAUACACGUGGUGUUGGCUCAAUUCAUGGAUUGCCAGGCAUUUUGGCUGGUAUUCUUGGUUUCAUUUUUACGGCUGUAUAUGAACCAACUCGUUAUGGAACUGGCAAUGUGACACAUAUCUAUCCAGCAAUGAAUAGUAAUGAUGAAGGUCGUGAAAUAUUUGUCCAAGCUGGUUAUCAACUUGCAGCACUUGCUAUUGUCCUAGUAGUCUCGAUUAUUGGUGGAGCUGUCACCGGACUUAUAUUACGACUGAAUUGUUUCAAUCGUAUUCAUGAGAAGGAAUUCUAUUCGGAUGGCGAAUUCAUUGAACCACCUGAGGACUAUGAUUUCACUACAAGGAUUAUUUCAAAAAUUGAUCACAUUGAAUUAACCGAGCAUACAGCACUUAAUAAAGAAUCAUCGACUUCUGUUGUUGGACCAAGCAAUCCUUGA